AUGGAGAAGCUCGAUUGCGCUGUGAUCGGCAGUGGAAUUUAUGGUUUAGCCUCCGCGAAGCAAUAUCACGUCACCCACCCAAGCGACAAGCUAGCCAUUUACGAGUCCAACCCCAGCCUCGGCGGCACCUGGUCGGAAGAGCGGCUGUAUCCUUGUCUCAGGACGAACAACCUCCGGGGCACUUUUGAGUAUCCCGACUUUCCGCUCGAAGCUGUUGACAUCGAGCCCGCCAAGGACCACAUCCCAGGAGAGACAGUGAAUGCCUACUUGAAGGCCUAUGCCGCACGCUUUGGCGUCGAUAAGCUCAUCCAUUUCAACACAAAGGUAAACGUCGCGGAGCACCAGGAGGACGACACGAGCGGUGGUUGGAUCCUCACUCUCGAGGGUCCGGCGGGAGAUGGCGCCCAGACCAGGGUCUUUACCCGUCGCCUGAUUGUGGCCACAGGGGGCACAUCCGAUCCGAUUAUGCCAACGUUCAUCGACCAGGACACCUUCGGACGCCCCAUAUUCCAUAGCAAAGACUUUCCACGCUACAGUGAGACGUUGAAAACGGCCAAGAGGGCCACUGUGUAUGGAGUGGGCAAGUUCGCGUGGGAUGUGGCCUAUGCGUAUGCCACAUCCGGCGUGACGGUUGACUGGGUCAUCCGCGCCUCCGGCCACGGCCUGGGCUGGGUCGCGCCACCGCGAGUGUCGCCGUUCAAGAUAUGGCUCGAAAAACUGGCACAUAUUCGCGCCAUGACUUGGUUCAGCCCAUCCAUCUGGUCGGAUACGGAUGGCUUUUCUUGGAUUCAGCGCUUUUUGCACGGUACCUGGCUUGGUCGCCUGGCCGUGAAAGCCGUAUGGAACAUCAUCAGCCACGAUGUCCACCGGAUUCUUGCCCUGGACAAGCACCCCGAGACCGCCAAAAUGAAAGCCAAGACCCCCAUCAUGUAUGCGUCUACCAGCGUCGGCAUCCUCAACUACGAAGAGGACAUCUUCGAGUUCGUUCGUAAUGGCAUGAUCAAGCUUCACUUUGCGGACGUUGAGAAGCUCAGUCCUGGCAAAGUGCACCUAAGCGACCGCACGACCGUUGAAUCUGACGUGCUCAUGGCAUACGGUGGCUGGCAGCAGAUUCCAACUGUCAAAUUCUUGCCUGAAGGUAUUGAGGCCGAGCUCGGGCUUCCCCAUUCUCGAACCGAUGGCGAGUGGGAUCCUAAGACAGGAAAGCAAGCGCAAUUGAUCAAACGUGCCGACGAAGAAAUCCUGACCAAGCUUCCUAUGCUAAAAAACUUCCCUCAGUUCCCCAACUACGUCCCUGUCACCAAGCAAGAUGGUGUCAUGACAUCCAGUCCUAAAGCCCGAACAAGCUUCAUGAUGUAUCGCUUCCUGGCACCGCAGUCGGCAAGGCUUCUUCGCUCCCACGAUAUUGCCUUUACAGGCCUCAAUAUGAAUUUUAGCAACGUGACUACGGCUCACGUCGCUGGUCUGUGGAUUAGCGCCUUCUUUGACGGCAAGCUGGACCACGAUCCGUGUGCCAUUGCCACUGACGAGGAUGCGUACGAAAAGCUGCGAUAUCAGACCGUGCUGUACAACAGAUACGGGCGCUGGCGUCAUCCCCUCGAUUGGGGAGAUCGGCCUCCUUGUUUUAUCUUCGACGCCCUUACCUACGUUAGUAUCCUAUUACGCGAUCUUGGGUUGAAGACGCACAGAAAGGACAGCCUGUUUCAAGAAAUCUUCGGGUCGUAUGGAGUCGAGGAUUACCGCAAUUUGAAUGAAGAGUGGGCAGCGGCCCAGGCCAUCAAGUCAAAGAAGGAUUAA